ACCCAGUUAAGUGGCGGCAGCAGCUGGAAACAUUUCACUCCCGCGAAGCGAGUCAGACGCACUGAGAUCAAAGGGGGAAAAGGUUUCAAAUACAACCAUGACUGACAUUGUACGCGCCAAACGUAUUCAGGGGAAAAACAAGCCCCCGAAGAUGCCUAAAAGAGCCUCCGUGUCCAAGUUAAUCUUACAGGCGGUGGCGGCAACGAAGGAGCGUCGCGGGCUCUCGCUGGUCAGUGUAAAGAAGAUGCUGUCGGGCAACGGCUACGAUGUGGCAAAGAACAACUCUCGAAUCAACCAUGCGGUCAGGACCCUGGUGAACAAUGGCUCGUUAGUGAAUGUAUCGGGCACGGGAGCCUCCGGCUCCUUCAAAGUUAACAAGGAGCAGAAAGACGAGGUACAACAGGUGGCGAGAAAAGAGCUUGUAUCUGGCGCCGCGGUCAGCAAACAACCGAGGGGCAAACGUGCGACCAAGAGACCCGCCCCCGCCAAGAAACCCAAAAAGAAAUGGACGUAUCGGCGGACGAUGAAGGACGGCGCGCGCGGGAAAAUGGCGAAAGACGGUAGAAAACUGAAUAGUGCCCCGGGAAGAAAAGCAGCCAGGAAAGGCGCGAAGGGAAAGCGCCAACGGGCAAAGCCAAAGAAGCAGACCAGACCGCCGAAAGCACGAAAACCUUUGGCUGAGACAUCGGACUCCGUGAAAGAAAACCCAGCUGGUUCGGAGCAGCAAGAGAGCACCUGAGUGAAGGGAGUAGCUGCUGAAGAAAUCUUCUAGAGUUGCUGUGGGAUUUGAUACAUAGAGGGUUGUGUCUGCUUUGGACGAGACUAGCGCACUCAUAGAUUUGAGUUUUAGCUUGCUCGAAGGAUGUGAAGACUAACAGAUUUUACCACAAUCUCAUGAUCACACGAGACACGGGACGCCACACUCUUAUAAGAAGACACUCUUAUAUGAUUUAUAUGCCAUGAAUGGAACAGCUAUUGAGAAUGGAAAGUUAUGAGUUAUUUCUUUGUUAUGUAUUAUUUUAGUAAAGACCAAUUAAUCAAGAAGCAACGUCUGGAGAAUUUGUCUUUGCUAUCACAAGAGUUUGGUGAGUGCGUAAACUAUAGCUCCAUCACAUUCUCGAGAAGUAAUGGUUAUCGAAGAUGUACCUUGAGAAGGCAUAGAAACCGCCAUUACAUUCAGAAUCGUACAAAAAUAUGAUUCUAAUUUUAGCUCGCAGAAUAGCAGAAAAAAUCUAAAAGUCGAAUCAAAUGUUCAGAUUAAAACUGUCCCAAUUAACGUAAUUUAAAGUAUUUUAAGUCCAUUUAAUGCAAUUAAAAUUUCUGAAUUUGACAGUUUAAUUUGUAGGCUUUAAAAUUCAAAUCGGCCAACUGCCAACAGUAAAGUGUUUGUGGAGUAACUGGACAAUUCAUUUACUAAAACACAUGGAAACAUACCUGAACGCUGCAGAGUAAGCCAAUCAGAAAGCUGUAUACUAGCCACAUUUCAACCAAUAAGAUUAAAGAAUAGUGAUGACGACGUUGUAGAUGCUCCAAUAGCACAGCUUCCCACAGAUGGUCAGAGACACUUGGAUUGUGCGUGUUAAGACGUCAUGAGAAGAUGGUCUGACUUUAAAACGCAAAAAUAACGGAUACAAUCGUUAAUUAGUGUCAUAUUUCAGUUUAUUACUGCACGGCUUAUGCCUUAAUCGUAUGAUGUUUAAGUUAUGGCACUACUAAUUAAUUGCUACGUUUCGGAUCCAAUCCAAUCCAAUCCAACUUUAUUUGUUAAGCACUUUAAAAAACAACCAAAUUUGACCAAAGUGCUGUACAGAAAAAAAAUAAGCAAGACAUCAUAAAACAGGCAGAAUAACAGAACAUACGGCUAACAUGAGGCGCAUAAAUUACAUACGAAAUUCAACAAUAAAUUAAAAGACAUAAAAUAUGAGUAUGAACCACGCAGUAAGGAUACUUAUGAUUCCUUCUAAAUCAUUCCCCUCUGA